AUGUCAACUAAAUCCCUCACCAUAUUCACCUUUGCUCAUAUAUGGCUUUUGAUGACCACAACAUCAAUAGCCCAAUUCACCAUCGACACUAGCGGCGAACCAGUUGAGAUCGACGAGGAAUACUUCAUCGUACCAGCUACCACAGGUAACGGAGGACGAUCCACUUUGGUCACCAGAGAUGGAUCAUGUCCUUUCAAUGUUGGUGUUGAGAACACUAACUUGCACCAUGGUUUGGAUGUGAAAUUCACUCCUUUUGCUCCCCAUAAUGAUGAUGAUUUCGUGAGACUUGAUAGGGAUUUGAGAAUAUCAUUUGAUGAAGAUUCCUCAAAUUGUAGUCGGUCUACAGAAUGGAGAUUGGGUGAGAGGGAUGCAAAGAGUGGAAGGAGGUUGAUUAUCACCGGAAGAGAUGAUAGUACAAUUGGAUCAUUUGGUAACUUCUUUAGGAUUGUACAAACUCAAACUGUAGGUAUCUAUAAUAUUCAAUGGUGUCCUAAAGAGGUUUGCCCUACUUGUGAUUUUAUAUGUGGCACUGUUGGUAUUCUUCGUGAGAAUGGAAAGAUUCAGUUGGCCCUAGAUGGUGAUGCCCUCUCAUUUGUGUUCCAGAAUGAAUAA